AUGAAGCCGGGCUACACCAACAGAGGGUAUAGGUUCAGUUAUGCAGAAAAAGAGCACUUGAAGCUGAAUGAUUUAAAAUCUAACGCUCGAGGUAACAACUAUCUCUCUAAAGAAAACAUCCCACCAUACCCUCAGCCGGAGUUUCAUGUUUCUCAUCUGAAACAUGAUACAAACAGAGAGGGAUUAGAAGCCAUCUGCGGGGAUAAUGGCUUCAGGUGCCCGGGUGGGAACUCUGGUAUCCUAGAUGUGGGUCCCCUGCUGUGGUGGAGUCUGGUUGUGGGACCUGAUAAGAUAUCAGCAGCUGAGAAGAGGCUCCUGGAGAACACCUACCCCGACCGUACUACAGAGCAGGUCCAGAAGCAAAAGAGCUUCCUAGAGAAGUUUGCUACCUCUCCUGCCUUCAGUAAGACCUCCAGGCUGGGCUCGUACCGCUUCACCUUCCCCGUGGAGGAGCUGCUGACGGCCUACAGCGAGCAGAGUGGUGAUCAGGAAACACCUGAGCUGCAGCGGCCUGAUGUCACUCCACCUGCCCAACAGGCUGAAGGACUUCCUGCUGUUCAAAGAGAACGACCUGUACGCCCAAAUCAUCUGCAGGGAGGACUGAGAGGACGGGUUAUCUAUCUUAUCUAUGGAGUCUUAAAUGUCAGUUGUGACAUGCAGUUUAUGUAACAGGGUCUAUAUUGAUCAAAAAUGUACAAACUAUACUUAAGAUUGCUCAGAAGAGAUAAUUUAGGAGUAAAAAAUGUUAACAUUUGCACAACCGUUAGUUCAACCUCCACAACAUUUAGUCAUGUGUGCUCAUCAUAGUAGCAGAUUCUCAUUCCUUACAACAAAUUACAAAUGCUUUUGGACAUGCAUCAAUUGCUUUCAUACAACUCUCUGCUGUUUUAUAACAUUAUCAUUGCUUAUGUCAUGUCAGUCAAAAUUAACUAUAC